CCCGUCCGGACUUGGUACGUUCCAUGCAAAUGCGCCCGCUCGCGCCACCACUCCUGCGUUCAAACUGGCAACCAAUGGGAAGCGAGAAGGCGGGGUUACGGCGAUGAUUGACAGCGACCUGAGCCUAUCGCGAGGCGUGGCGCCGCGGAGCCGCCGCGGGGAACCGCCGGCCUAUCAGAGGCGAGGAGGCGGGGUUACGGCGAAGAUUGACAGCGCCCGGAGCCAAUCGCGAGGCGCAGCGGCCCGUCCCUCAGCGGCCGCCACAGCCGCCGCUUUCCCGCCCUCCGGCCGCGGCCUCGGCCCGAGACCCCCGGGACCCCCUGAGCCCCCCGGGACCCUCCCGGGACCCUCCCGGCCCCACCAUGGGCUUCCUGAAGCUCAUCGAGAUCGAGAACUUCAAGUCGUACAAGGGCCGCCAGAUCAUCGGGCCCUUCCGCCGCUUCACCGCCAUCAUCGGCCCCAAUGGCUCCGGCAAAUCCAACCUGAUGGACGCCAUCAGCUUCGUGCUGGGCGAGAAGACGAGCAACCUGCGCGUGAAGACGCUGCGGGACCUGAUCCACGGCGCGCCCGUGGGCAAGCCGGCCGCCAGCCGCGCCUUCGUCAGCAUGGUGUACUCGGAGGAGGGCGCCGAGGACCGCACCUUCGCCCGCGUCAUCGUCGGCAGCUCCUCCGAGUACAAGAUCAACAACAGGGUGGUGCAGCUGAGCGAGUACAGCGAGGAGCUGGAGAAGCUGGGGAUCCUCAUCAAGGCCAGGAACUUCCUCGUCUUCCAGGGAGCAGUGGAGUCGAUCGCCAUGAAGAACCCCAAGGAGCGCACGGCGCUCUUUGAGGAGAUCAGCCGCUCGGGCGAGCUGGCCCCCGAGUACGACAAGCGCAAGAAGGAGAUGGUCAAGGCCGAGGAGGACACGCAGUUCAACUACCACCGCAAGAAGAACAUCGCCGCCGAGCGCAAGGAGGCCAAGCAGGAGAAGGAGGAGGCUGACCGGUACCAGCGGCUCAAGGACGAGGUGGUUCGAGCCCAGGUGCAGCUGCAGCUCUUCAAACUCUUCCACAACGAGGCCGAGAUCGAGAAGCUCAACAAGGAGCUGGGCCUGAAGAACCGCGAGAUCGACAAGGACAAGAAGAGGAUGGACAGGGUGGAGGACGAGCUCAAGGACCGCAAGAAGGAGCUGGGCAAGAUGAUGAGGGAGCAGCAGCAGAUCGAGAAGGAGAUCAAGGAGAAGGACGCGGAGCUGAACCAGAAGCGGCCGCAGUACAUCAAGGCCAAGGAGAACACGGCGCACAAGAUCAAGAAGCUGGAGGCGGCGCGGAAGUCGCUGCAGAACGCCCAGAAGCAGUACAAGAAACGCAAGGGCGACAUGGACGAGCUGGAGAAGGAAAUGCUCUCCGUGGAGAAAUCCCGGCAGGAGUUCGAGGAGCGCAUGGAGGAGGAGAGCCAGAGCCAGGGACGGGACCUGACCCUGGAGGAGAACCAGGUGAAGAAGUACCACCGGCUGAAGGAGGAGGCCAGCAAGCGCGCGGCCACGCUGGCCCAGGAGCUCGAGAAGUUCAACCGCGACCAAAAAGCCGACCAGGACCGGCUGGACCUGGAGGAGAGGAAGAAGGUGGAGACCGAGGCCAAGAUCAAGCAGAAGCUGCGGGAGAUCGAGGAGAACCAGAAACGCAUCGAGAAGCUCGAGGAGUACAUCGCCACCAGCAAACAGUCCCUGGAGGAGCAGAAGCGCCUCGAGGGCGAGCUGACCGAGGAGGUGGAGCUGGCCAAGCGCCGAAUCGACGAGAUCAACAAGGAGCUGAACCAGGUGAUGGAGCAGCUCGGGGACGCUCGCAUCGACCGCCAGGAGAGCAGCCGGCAGCAGCGCAAGGCCGAGAUCAUGGACAGCAUCAAACGCCUCUACCCCGGCUCCGUGUACGGGCGCCUCAUCGACCUGUGCCAGCCCACGCAGAAGAAGUACCAGAUCGCCGUGACCAAGGUGCUGGGCAAGAACAUGGACGCCAUCAUCGUGGACUCGGAGAAGACGGGCAGGGAUUGCAUCCAGUACAUCAAGGAGCAGCGCGGCGAGCCCGAGACCUUCCUGCCCCUCGACUACCUCGAGGUGAAGCCCACGGACGAGAAGCUGCGGGAGCUGCGCGGGGCCAAGCUGGUGAUCGACGUGAUCCGCUACGAGCCGCCGCACAUCAAGAAGGCGCUGCAGUUCGCCUGCGGCAACGCGCUCGUCUGCGACAACGUGGAGGACGCCCGCAGGAUCGCCUUCGGCGGCCACCAGAGGCACAAGACGGUGGCCCUCGACGGGACGCUGUUCCAGAAGUCGGGCGUGAUCUCGGGCGGCGCCAGCGACCUCAAGGCCAAAGCGCGGCGCUGGGACGAGAAGGCCGUGGACAAGCUCAAGGAGAAGAAGGAGCGGCUGACCGAGGAGCUCAAGGAGCAGAUGAAGGCCAAGCGCAAGGAGGCCGAGCUGCGGCAGGUGCAGUCGCAGGCGCACGGGCUCCAGAUGCGCCUCAAGUACUCCCAGAGCGACCUGGAGCAGACCAAGACGCGGCACCUGGCCCUCAACCUGCAGGAGAAGUCCAAGCUGGAGAGCGAGCUGGCCAACUUUGGGCCGCGCAUCAACGACAUCAAACGAAUCAUCCAGGGCCGGGAGCGGGAGAUGAAGGACCUGAAGGAGAAAAUGAACCAGGUGGAGGACGAGGUUUUCGAGGAGUUCUGCCGGGAAAUCGGGGUCAGGAACAUUCGGGAAUUCGAGGAGGAGAAGGUGAAGAGGCAGAACGAGAUCGCCAAGAAAAGGUCAGGGCACCCCAAAAAAUGA